AACAACGAUGAAAUUGAACGACGCGCCCGACGUCGUUCACGCCUUCUGGAGCCGCACCCUGAAGUAGUUAAUAGUCCAUCCCACGAUGCGGCUCGUAGGGCCAACGCAACUACAACUCAUUUUAUGCCGAAGGCUGAAGUUGGAGAGCAUUACGGGAAUUGCAUUCGUUUGGCCGCUGAAAACAAGAUUACCUAUAAGAAUGCUUUUGACUUGCAUCUUAUUGAUUUUAUGGGCGAGAUGAUUAAGAAGGAAGACUUCACCAGUUUUCGG